AAGAUUGUGAGGUAUAGUUUGAUAUAGUAGUAGAAACGACAUUGCUGUUAUUGUUAUAUCAUGUAAUGUGAUUAUUACGAACACCGUAUUUUAUCGUCUGCAAGUCGUCUGCUAGUGAUCUGACUACAGUAUUGAUUCUAACAUGAGAGGCUGGCUUCAUGAGAAUUUCACAAGUUUCGCAGUUUCAUGUGGUGUUUUUUUUUCGUAUAUACAUGCUGGGGAUAUAUAUCGCGAGUGUUUCGAAGGAAUCGGGUUCAAUGAUGGAUUUAUUUACGUAGAUAUAUGGAAUACUUUAGCAACGUCACAAUGUAAAGGUCAUAUUUCCAGGGAUUUUUUGUUAAAUCCCUUACAAGGGAUAAGAUACAAGCCGUUAAGCUGUCGUAAAUGUCCAAUAAAAGAUAUAAAUGUAUGAAAACACAAUACGUUAAACACGACAGAUUGAAUAAGUUUGUCACAGUUGUCGUUUUAUCAAUGGUAUAAUCGGAAUUUUCGCUCUUUAUGGUUGACGGAAUAAGCGUUGAACUGGGGAACUACGUUUAAACAUUUACUUAAAGCUUAUAACGACAAAAGGUAUAUAUACUUUAACUACUAGUUUAAAGUAAUCACUUUUAAUAUAAAAACGGAACGCGAGAGUUAAACAUGUAUUAAGAUCUUUAAGAUCAAUUUUUAUCUACAUAGAAGCGUUGUGUUUAACAGGUCACUAUUUUAACGCUUGGAUAUUUUUACGAAGCAUUUUAAAUAAAUAAUAAAAAGGUAGAUUUUUAUUUGAUUAAAGACAUCAUUAACCUGUGUUUUUGAUAGAUGAUUCGAAUGUUCAUGUGAAGUCUGGAAUUCACAUUACGAUUUGUUUAAAGAUAAGGACGUUGGUGUUGUAGUACUCAGAUAUAUAUGAAAUGCAAGGAAUAAAGUUAAUUAGAAACAUGUGUGUCUUUUGAAAUAAAGUUAGUUCGUAUGAGCUAAACAGGGGAUGAAAAUGCAGUCAUGUAGGAUUUAGCGGGAGUAUUUUGUACUAAGGAAGCCCCUGCGAAGGGGGAAAGAAUAAACGAGGGCAGAAAAUGGAGGAGCAGGAAAGUGGGGAUAAUGUUGGGAUGUUAGUCCUCGAGGCGAAAUCCCUCCGGCCCUUCAGAACGAAGGAUGAAUAUCUGUAUGCCAUGAAAGAGGAUCUCGCUGAAUGGUUCACGUGCCUGUACCAAGAAAUUAGUCUUAAUGCGGAUAAUUUCCUCGAAAUUCUAGAAACAGGGGUCCUUCUUUGUCAGCAUGCGAAUGAAGUUCGUAAAUUUGCUCAGGAGCAAAAGUCAAAAGGUACUUUUGCGAUUCAGUCAAAUUUUGUUCGUGAUAUUCAAAUUCCCGAAAGUAACGUGCAAUUUAGGCUCGAUGUUAAGCCUGGCACGUUUCUUGCACGAGAUAAUAUAUCAAAUUUUAUCACGUGGACCUCAAAAAUGGGAAUUCCGGAAGUAUUAAGAUUCGAAACGGAUGAUUUAGUGAUGAGAAAAAAUGAGAGAAGUGUUGUGUUAUGUCUUUUGGAGGUAGCUCGAGUUGGAGCAAAAUUUGGAAUGAUAGCUCCGACAAUUGUGCAAAUGGAAGAGGAAAUAGAUAAAGAAAUAGAAACGGGAGAGCCCCCGCCACAAAUCAAAACAUGUGACGUCAAAUCUCUAGAUGAAAUGGUUCGAGAACUGGUUGGACGAUGUACGUGCCCGGUACAAUUUCCUAUCAUCAAAGUUGGCGAGGGAAAAUAUAAAAUAGGUGACAAUCAGACCCUUGUUUUUGUUAGGAUAUUACGUAAACAUGUGAUGAUACGAGUGGGUGGAGGAUGGGAUACCCUAGAGCAUUACCUUGACAGACAUGACCCCUGUAGAUGUGGCUUUCAAGGUCACCGCGGUGGGGGUAGAGGCGUUUCUACGCCCAGGAAAGGAAGUUCAACUGUCUCAAAAUCCUUGCCAGGAACUCCCAAAACGUCGAGGAAAUUAUCACUGACAACACAAGGUAGUUCAACACAUUCCGGAAGCACUGCGCGUCCCGCUUCACCGAGCAUGCGCAGUGCAUCACCUGGUCCAAAUUCUAGAAAACUUAGUUUAACAGGCAAAGGAACUAUUCCACAGCCUGCGCAAAGUGUGACAUCUCCAAACAUCGUGCAAAAGAAGCCAAACUUCUCAAAUUCUGGUCAAAGUGGAAAUAUUCAAACUAGAACUCUUAGCGGAAGUAGUAGUUCCGGAAAUUUUCCGGUCGGAAGUUUUGUGAAACAGUCUCAGAUAAAUCUUUCACGACAAUUGUCGUCAAGCUCAACCGGAAGUCAGGCAGCAGUAACUCCGCGUCGAAGUGAGAGUCCCUCACCGAGACCCUCGUCGCCUGCACAAAGGAGGAGUGAGUCUCCCGCGCCAGUAAUUGCCAACCGUCUCAGAAGUCCGUCCCCAGCACCGAUGCCUCAGAAAGGUACGAACCAAGUUCGACCUCAAUCAGUUCCGGCAACACAGAGAUGUGCAUCGCCGGUAAAGCAAAUUACCAUGGCUGAGUUGAGAUCUUCACGAGAAGGAAAAGUAAACGCUCAACCGUCGACACAAAUUACCCCAAGAACAUCACGUGACGGGAAGCUUACGUCACAGCAGACUCAAAGAACUCUCCGGCGUCAAACGUCUACAGAAUCCAAUAAAAGUCGAGGUUCUGAAGCAGAAGCCAUGGCUGAGCCAGGAAGUUCAAAUUUCGCUAUCGAUAAGAUAAGCACAAUGUCUCUUGGAGAGUUUAGAAAUCUCCUGAACAGUGCUCUUUCUGUGCCUAAUGGUAAUACUGAAUCUCAGUGUAGUUCUGACUCUCCGAGGUCACAGGGCAGUGUAGACAGUGGACGGAAUGUUUCAAAUAAGCCCAAAUCUACUCCUAGUAAAAGUGCCUACAGUUAUAGAUCUGUAAGUGCAAGUAGAACACAAUCUGGCAAACCGUCAAUUCCUUCUAAACCUGGAGUACAAUCAAAAGUAAGGUCUAAUUCUAUUACACCAAGGACUUCAAUAGAGGUUUCAAGUAGACCAACUAGUGCUAAAACUAAUUAUCGUACAGUGCCGUCUAGUGGAUAUGGUCAGGAGAGACCAAAAACUCCUAAUACAAUGCCAAGAUCACGGUCAAAUACUUCAACUGUUAGUGAUAGUUCAUUUACAUUGCAAUCGAGUAAUCGGUCUACAUUUGCUAGCAGGUCAAGUUCUCACAGCUCUAUUCAGUCAUGUGAGUCAACUGACGAUGGCCGUAAUAGUUUUGGAACGGAUUAUGCUGACCAAAACAGUAAAGUGUUAACGCCUUCUAGUGUUGAUUCUGAUUAUUCAUUCAGAGGAUCUAGUGGUACAAGUUCAGACUAUACUCGUUCAAAUUCUUAUACUCCAUGCUCCGCCAUUGAGGAGAAAUUAAGACUUGAAAAGUUACAAGCAAAUGCACGAGCGUGCAGUGAGCCUAGAGAAAAUAUUUCCAGUAUUUCAAAGGACAUCCAGAACGCGUAUGGUAAUCUGGAAUCUAAACCGCUUAAUGUAGGGUAUGCCACAUUUUCUUAUGAUAAAGAAGAUGACCCUAAAGAAUCAGAGGAGUUGAAUGAGAUUGAUAAUGAAAUUAUUAAUUCAAGAGACAAUAAUGAUGAACUCUCUAAUGAAAUGAAUAAAAUAUCUGAUGAUCAAACUAGAUCACAGAGUAAUGUUAGGCCACAAACACCGUCUGGUAGACAAACACCGUCUUUCAUUCCACGUCCCGUAACCCCUAAGGUGUCACGUAAAUUGUCCCUUCCACAGGAUGGUGAUGCAGAUAAAGCUCAGUCUUUUGAUGAUAAGAAAGCCGCCGCUAGACCGCCAACUCCUAAAAAAUCCCAUAUAAUAGCACGUGCUCACGGUACUCAAGGUGCACGUUCUGCUGACAAAAGUAAAGAACAGACUUAUAGAGAAUUGUUUCAAAAACGUUCAACAACUCCUGGACCUGGGUCAUCUUCAAAUGAUUCCAUCAGUAAUUCCAGACGAUCGAUGACUCCAGGUCCAUAUUUAAACAAAACGUCAACAUUACGGCCAACCUCGGCGACAACAAACCGCGCACGCCUUAAUGAAGCAAAAGGAGCAUCGUUGUCUGUUUAUAGUGACAAAAAGGAGAAUUCCAACAUAUCACCUACUAAAAAAACAGAAGUAAUAGAUAAAAAAUCAUUGGUGAAACAAAAUGCAUUAGAUCAUUCAGAAGCUGUGAUAGUUGUAAAUGUAGAUCGAUCUGAAGGUCGCCAUUCGUUAUCAGUACAAGGCGAAACUGAGUCAAGACAAAAUGCGAAUAAACCUAAAGUUCUUGCUAGAGCUCGAACUGAAGAAAAUCGUGCGAGAGCAGGUACCCGAUCUACACAUGGAAUUACACGACAAAGACCACAAAGUGUUGAACCGAGACAGCUUAUUCCGCGCAAAGGUACUGGUCAAAACGCUGAAACAGUGUUAACCGUGAAACGAAACGAGAAUGGAACACACGGAGUGUAUGACAGAACGCAAGAAUGGGUACAAACUGCGGUUGAACAAACAAAGGUUGUGCAAAAAACAAAGGUGAAAAGAACAUAUAAUCCUAAACUUCGAAGGGCAAUGACCCCGAACUCAUUUGACAUGAGGAUAGAUCAGGAGAAUGAAGAACCACGAACGCUCGAGGAGAUAAAAGCUGCAUUGACAUUACCUAUUAAUGGAUUAACUGAGAUAAAUCCAGAUGCAUUAGAAGCCCCUCCUGAAGAUCCAGAAAUGUAUGCUACAAUGGAAAAGUUAUUCCAUGAAUUAAGACAACAAGAGCUGAAAAACUCUGUAAAUGAAACUCCGGGAAAUAAUGUCAUCGGUUCAAAGGCAGCAAAAUCAAAAUCGUCAAAAUCAAACAGUAGUAAUAAUGAUGAAGAAAUGUCUUUAGAUAGUAAUAGGAAUAUCAAAACCAAAACAUUGUCUGUGUCAACAAAAAGUUCCUCAAAUGUUACAUCACCAGCAAUGCAGAGGUCUAGUAAAACAAACACAAGCUCUAAUCACACUCCUAGAGGCCCUUCUAUGUCUCGCACUAGCUCAAGUUCCAGUGCAAACAUUUCUCAGCUUUCUAAUUCGCAACCUGUGGCAGUUAACCAGAACACAAAAAGGGAAAGUCCAAGCCCGUCUCGGCAAACAGGACCAGUUUCUACACCAAGGUCAUCAAGGCCAGGCUCUCCUGGCCCGUCCGCUAGACGACCGCCAUCUCCCAGGACAACAAAUCAUAUCACGCCUCGGCCAGCUUCACCAAGAGUUUCUUCACAACCUCCACGUCCUGCCUCGCCAAGGGUCAAUUCACAGCCCCCGAGACCAGCUUCACCCCGAGUAUCUCCACAUACGUCACGUCCUGCUUCUCCAUCGCUUAGAACUAAUUCUGAUUCUUCACGCGGUUCUACUCCGAAUCGCUCUCAACCUCCAAGACCCGCUUCUACUCCGCCCCGACCUUAUUCGCCUGUCGUGAGGCAAAGUUCGAAAUCUAGUGAGGAAAAUGACAAUGUAUUUGAAAAGGAAAAGAAAUCCGAUUCCGGUAGCAUUAUGAAGAAAAUUAAAGAACUGAUCAAUGUGAAUCCUAGGAAAGAUAAAGCUGAAGGGGUUAAGGGUAAAUCGAGAAUUCCGGCUCCUAAAUCGUUAGCAAGUGUCGGUAAAUCACGUUCGUACACAAACCUGUCACAGUCGUUUUCGCUUAGUAGUGAAGAAAGUAAUGGUCACGCGUUUGAUGACAGUAACACAAACGGUUAUGGCGAACACAUUAACGGAGGUUUAAAUGUAACUUUAUCUGGAAGGUCAGAAAAUCCUAAACCAAAAUUAAACAAUCCGUUAAUAACUGGGCGGUCUUCAUUAAUUCGAAAGGAAAGCAUGGAGAAAAAUAAAAAUAAUGUUGCCAAUAGAUUAGUGCGAGCUGUGUCUGUAGAAAGAAAUAUGUCAGGACUAAAUAACACCUAUCAAUUUUAUGAAGAUGGGGAAUAUGUUUAGUGAAAGAAAAACGGUGUAUCAAUUGUUAGUGAGACGUUAAACAUGAAGUGUGAUGAUUUAAUAUUGAAAAAAGAAAGGAAAUAAAAUCUGUGAAAUUGACCGGGAUUUAGAUUAAGAAAAUUUGAAAUAUGUUUAGCUGCAAAUAAGGAUAUGAAGCGGGAUGACUUCUAUGUGUAAUUGAGAUCAGUAAUCUGAUGACGUUGCCAAUAAUAAGAUAUUUUGUGUCUUCGAAAUUGUGAAUGUGUCAUUGGUUUGCUAAGAAUGUUCUGAUAUUCACUCUUCACCAGUGUAAGAGAGUUUCAAAUCUGAAAAUUAUGUAAAGUCUGUAAUAUGAUAUCCUUCCCUUUUGUUUGAUUAAAAUGUUUUCCACAAUGCAAUACACCUGAUAGUUAUAUUCAAAAUGUAAUUUCUCAAUGCUCAUAGAUUUAUCAUUUCUUAAAAGGCUUAGUAUGAAGAUAAACAGAUAUUUUGGUUAUAUUAAGUUUGUCAUGUUUAUUUCUUUUUAUUGAAUAAUGGCAUUAUCAGUUCUGUUUUGAAUCCCCGCUUCAGGUUCUGUUUCAUUUGAGUAAUUUAUAUUGCCUGAUUGCAACCGUUUUCAUUUUUCAGCAUCGCUUUAAUUCAGAAAGCGUAUCUUUGUCUUAGAUUACAAAACGUUUUCUGUUUUUAUCAGUUAAUUUAUGUAUGAAUGAAACGAGUAGGGAUUUGACGGUUACCAGUUAGUGUAGAAGGGUCGUAAAUGAUUUUAUUUUAUUCACUUGAUGAUAUUUUAGCUUUGGUUGUAGGAAAAGCCAGUCUGUGAUAGAUAGCGUCAGUUAUUACAAAUAUUGUAUAAAUAUUUUUUAUUUUCCAUAUUUAUUUUUUGUUUGUUUAUAUUUUUCCUUCACCAUUUUGCUUGUAGUCAUUUUUUUCUGUUUGAUGUAUUAAUGUGUAUUUCAUUACUUUGCAUUAAUCAUCCUGUGUCAAAUAACAACACAAAUCUAUCAUCUGAAAAUGCAUUCCAAGAAAAGAACCAAUAACAUUACUUAAUUCUGAAAAAAGUGGGCUUUUUGUCCGUUAACAUAAUCCAUAUUUUGCCUUUGACCAAACAAAUAUAUCUGUUACAUAAUGCAAUAUAAACAUAGAAGUUAAAUGAUUAAUUUACUGGGUUACAUUUAAUUCUGUCGGACACGUUUCCAAUUCUAUUACCCCUAUGCUAAUUAAAGGUUUGAACUCAUUGAACUUUGGUGUUUGGAUUUUGAUAACUGUGAUAUACUAGAAAUAAUCAUUGUCUAGAUUUAAUGCUAUUUCUUUUUCUUUAUAAAUUAACUCGCACACUAUUUCCUUAUCAAAGAUAGUGUCAUUUACCACGGGGAUUAUGAACACAUUUAAAUAUAUAUUAGUUUUAUCAGAAGCAAGGACUUGGGUGCUCAACAGGCCGGGUGAUUUUUCUGUGAUAUAGAUUCUACCAUUUGUGAAUUUGUAAACCCCUUUUAGGAAAUGAAAAAAAAAUGCCGAUUAACUAUUUGCAUGAUUUCCCAAUUAUUUUGUUACUUUGCGAUACAAAACAUUGAACAAUUCAUUUUAUGUUUGGAUUUAUAAAAAUAACUCAUAAUGUUUUUUUAAUAACUUUGUUUUCAGAAUUUAGUAUAUAACUAAAUUUGUCUGACCAUUAGCGCAAUAUUUUGUCAUAUAGAUAGAUAGUAACUAUAUUUAACAGAUUUUAUUCAACAAAUAGGAAAUUUAUAUAUAAGUAGAAAAUACGUGACAAAAGUGUGAAAUGAAGUUAUGUUAUGGCGCCCGGUCCGGCCUACACAUAUCUAAGAAUACAGUUUGCUAACAAUAUAUAUAUUUAGAAAUGUAUGUAUGAGAUUGUAUUAAAGUUCUAGAUUUUAAUAUAACAAAGAAUUGUAUGAAAGACGGUAACACUAAUGUCAUGAAAUUAUUUAUUAUUUUUAAUAUUCAUUCAUACAUAUAAAGAAAGGUUGAUCUUUUUACACUGAACAUGAACUUGCAAUAAACAUGAUAAAUAUUUUA